GGUAACCCAGUGGCGAGUCUCAACUUCAAGUGGACUGACUUUCUCAGACAGCGAGAUAACAGCGUUGACUUCGUGAGAUUUCAGUUCCAGGUGUAUUAGAUAUUCUUCUUGCAGUACAGUUGCGGCAACGAAAAUGAAUUUCCUGAAGACAGCUGGUACUGUGGUCAAGUCUACAUUCACAUCAUCUGGCCUGGAGAAACCAGAAUACGAGGUUGUAGCAAAGCAUGAUGGCUAUGAGGAAAGGCAUUAUGCAGCCAGCAAAUGGGUCAGUACCAAAAGCAAAGGCAUGAAAUUAGAAGAUGCCUCUAGGAAGUCAUUUUUCAAACUAUUUGAUUACAUUCAGGGUAAAAAUGCAAAAGAGCAAAAAAUUGACAUGACUGCGCCUGUUGCCACGUUGAUAGAGCCAGGCGCCGGUCCAAACUGUGAGAGCACGUUUACAAUGUCAUUCUUCGUUCCACCGUCCAACAGCACAGACACGCCUGAACCUACGAACCCUGACCUUUUUCUGCAGACCUGGCCUGCUCAGACAUUCUUUGUCAGACAAUUUGGUGGGUUCACAAGUGAUGAAAAAUGGUUGGAGCAUGCGAAGUCUCUCGGGGAAUGUCUGACUGGCAAGGAAAAAUUCCAUGAACAAUUCUACUACACGGCCGGUUACGACAGUCCGUUCAAACUGUUUGGCAGGACAAACGAGGUUUGGUUUCUAAAGAAGGAAGAAGAACAAGCUAAAGAAUAGUCACCGUUACAUAUACUUUUGUAGUCCCUCUAAUUGUUCAGGCUUGGAAACAGUAAUCUCGGGUAAUCUUGUCCAUCUGGCAGUCAUCAAAAAUAUGUUCAUUAGGGAUAACUUGGCUGACCAUUCAAAAAUAGGACCCGAGUCUAAAC